AUGCUCGGCGGCUCACCAAAGCACUCCAACACAACGAGACCCUGCUCGACGAGCUCAUGUCGCUCCACGCCCACAUCCUGGACGAGCGCGCCGUGGACACGGUGGAGGCCCGAUCGACAUUGCCGGCGACGACAGACGCUGCGCCGUCUGCGCUCGUGGCGGGCCAGCCGAAGCGGCGGCCGCGGUCGCUCACGACGUCGUGCGACGACCGAGUCGUCGAGGCGAUGA